UUCAGAUAGAUGGCGAUAGAGAAAUUUUAAAACGGUUCUAGGCUUUAAUCAAGAUGUCUGUAUCAUCAACCAGUGUAUGUGACGAUGAUGAUGAUCAAGAUAAUCUCGAAAAAUUUUUCGACGCAGCCGAUGGGUUUGAUAUUACCGGUGAAAUGGAUCUGCCUCAAAAAGAGUCUCCUUUUAGGCCUGAUACGAGUACUUUAAAAGCUAAUGACGAGUUCUCAACAUGUCGCGGGGACACCUUAAAAAGCUUAGCUGACCAGAAUUUUGCAUUGAAUUCUCAGGCAGUUCAAAUUUACGAUGAUAUGAGUUUAAACGAUAAAAAUUCGGACAUAGUGGACGAUUCUUUGAGCUCUGGAAACAGGGAUCAAGAUGAUUACGAACAUUAUAGAAGCAAUGAAUCCUUGAAUGACGCCGACUUCUCGCCAGUGUCACAAAAUGUGCAAUUACCACAUAUAGGGUACUCGACUGUCUCAGAUAACGAACCCGAAAUUGCUCCUCGGAUUUCUUUAACUCGGUCCACUGAAACGGAUAGCGAUGGUAGAACUGAUAAUUCGACCUCGUCGGGAGCCAAGCUUCACGUUUAUGAAAAGAAAUGGAAACGCAAGGAACAUCUCAGUUUGGACAACUUAAAUUCGGGAUUGACUUCCGAUAGCGGGACGUCAUUUACACCAUCGUCAGAUUUUCCGGAAUACCUUUCAGUGCCUAAGUCGGAAAAGAAAACAAGCUCGAUGCCUCCAGCUCACAGAGCUCAUAGUCCUUGCGAGUUUUACAAAACGUUAGACAGAAAUUACGCUCCCACAGAAGACUCAGCGUCUGACUAUAGCGAAAGUACGAAUACAACUCAAGAAACCAGAAGCUCGCGAAUGUUCGGAAUCCGAGAGACACCACGGAAACUUUUAACGAAGUUCAAGAAAACAAGGUCGAAGAAGGAACCGCGCGCUAAAAAUGAGAACGCACUGGUUACUUCUGGAACUGAUACAGAUACGAAACCAUCUGCCGUGAACGCGGAAGAUUUUCACUCAUCUCUAUAUCAACAUAUCCCAAGUUACGCUUCAGAUAAUUAUCCCGAAGACAGGGAACAGAACUUCAGUAAGAGCACUACUAUUGUUCAAACCAUUGAAUCACAUCAACACAACCUCGCAAUUUGGUGUCUGAAGUUUUCAAACUGUGGGAAAUAUUUAGCAGCUGCUGGACAAGAUAAAGCGAUUAGGGUAUGGGUCCUCCGAUGUGAGUUUGAAAAUCUAAAUCUGGUAAGCGCGAGUUCUACUAGAGCUUCAGUGGCAAAUCCAGGAACCAUGUCGUAUGCGUCCCAAAAGUCACUAGAAGGCAGCUUGAAGUCUAAUAGCUUGAAAAGUGAGGACUCAAAUACAGACACUUCGUUUCACACAUCACCGUUUCUUCCCGAGCCUUACAGAACAUUCUCGAAACAUUCUUCUGACGUCAUGGAUAUUGCCUGGUCUACUCAAAAUUCUUCAUAUCUGAUUUCUGCGUCGAUGGAUAAAAACGUCCGACUGUGGCAUAUCCAUAUGAAUAAAUGUUUAGGCGCUUUUGAUCAUCAAAACAUAGUGACAUGUGUGUCCUUUCCGCCGAAAGAUCUGAAAGUAAAUAUAUUUUUGAGCGGUGCCAUGGAUGGUAAAGUUAGAAUUUGGUCUAUCACCGAGAAAAAAGUGCUCAGUUUUUACGAGGCGACGGGAGGCAAAAAACAACCAAUAACUUCAAUGUGCUAUAACAAUAAUGGUGACUAUAUACUUAUCGGAACUUUAAAUGGUCAGGUUCUGAAACUAGAUGCAGUUCAACUUCGUUUGCUGUCCGAAACAAGAAUUUUGAAUUCGAAGGGAAAAUUGAGGCGUUCCAACAUAAAGAUAGUGAGUAUUCAAGAAAGUCCAAGGAACCCAGAAACAUUUUUGAUUUCUUCAAGUGAUUGUCGGAUCCGACUAUACGAGGCGUCAAACGUUUCUUCUCACGGAUUUCUGGCGAACUCAGACAAAGUAGCCGGGCAAAUUAGUAAUGCCGGAGCGUUAUUUCUCCGACAAAAAGCCAAAUACAAAGGCCAUUCCAACAAAAACAGUCCUAUUCGAACGGGUUUUUCGAGACUUGGAAAUUUUAUUAUCAGUGGAUCAGAGUGUAAAGGAAUUUUUAUUUGGCAUACUGAACCGCUGGAUGGAAAAUCAAAAAAUACAAUAUUUGAGUGCAUUCAAUCACACGAGGUUUCAGUAACUGCUGCUACAUUCAGUCCAACCGUAGAAGCCAUUGACUGUCUGGACAGAUGUCAAAGGAGGGUUCAAGAGCAACAGUUGAAGGCUUUGGCGGCACAAAAUGCAGCUUCUAAGAGCUUGUCGACCCAAACUGUUACCAAUAUACAUAGAGACAGAUCUUGUUCUCCGGUUCAGAAGAAAUCAGCGACCCUUCAGUAUGAGGUAUCCGAGGGGCGUUUGUCAUCCAGAGGAGCUUCGAAGGAAUCAGAACUGUUCGAUUCAGGGUUCCACCACGUAUCAGCUGACGAAACUGCCACUUGCGGAGCAUCGCUUCCUGUAACAUCCAACUUCCACGAUGACCUUAAUAUGGGGCCUAUAAGCAUGACACUUCACAGCUCGAUAGGAAUAGUAGAUAGCAAUGAGUGGGCUGCGGUUAAAGGACGUUCUGGUGUCUCGUCACGAUUCACAGUUGGAGAUUUGAAAGUGGGAGAGGUGUUUGCUUCUGCUGACUACACGGGCAAAAUCAAUAUUUACUUCGCCUGAAAUUAUAAAACCCUGAAAAUCUUCAACAUAUAUGAGCCAGAUUAUUAUCUCUAAAAUGACUGGUCUUAGUAUAAAUUGUAAAUUCUUAUUUUUGAUUGGAAAUUCCCUGCAGAUUAAUGUUAUAUUUAGAGCUUUGCAUCUAUAAUGAUAAUUAGCUGUUUCAAGUAAUUCAAAUCUAUUUUUCAA